UUCAUCACGGCGCAACACUUCGCCGUUCAGUCCCAAACAUCUCUGUGUUUUUUUUUAUUUAAUAAGGGAUCAAAACAACGUAUAAACUAUAUUUCGAUUACUACACGUUUUUAUAGCUGGUCGUUUGGGAUGUUGUGUUAAUACACAUGUCAAUGAAGCUAUAUUUACGCGUGUAACUUAUUUGAAACUGUUUAUUUGUGUGUUUUUGGGUGUUAACAUGCUGGUUAAUUACAGCAGCAGCUCUGAUGAGGAAGAUGAAGUCGUUGCUACAAACAGAAAUAAUAAUGAAACCAGGGUUUCAGAUCCAGGAAAGAAUGAAGGUUCAUGUCAGACUCGCCUUCCUCUCCCUUCCUCAGUGAUUGAGAUGUUCAGAGACUCAGAAGAGCAGCACUUUGAUCACAGAGCUCAACAUGGAGGUCGACUCAGGUCUUUCGAACACGAGAGAGGCAACUGGGCUACUUACGUCUAUCUGCCAUAUGAGCCUGAAGACGUGUUCCUGGAGUUGCUGGAUGAGCUCCGGGUUUGUGCUGCAGCUCAUGGCGUCACCUUGACCCGGGCCGAAGAGUUUCACAUCAGCCUCUCUCAGACGGUGAUUCUGCGACACCACUGGAUUCAGCCGUUCGUUCAGUCGCUGCGUUCUGCGCUGGCAACAUGCAGUGGAUUUGUAUGUCUAGCAGAUAAACUGAAGGUUUACUCCAAUCAAGAAAAAACUAGGACUUUUCUCGGUAUGGAAAUCUCGACAGGUCACAUGCAGCUUCUUGAAGUUGUGAAAAGUGUGGACAAGGUCAUGGAAGAGUUCAACCUCAGCACUUACUACGAGGAUCCGUCGUUUCACUUGAGUCUCGCCUGGUGUGUUGGUGACUUUGCUGAAAAACUGCAGCAUACCUGUUUAGCAGAAUUGCAGAGUCUCAUGGAAGGCCACGAAGACGAACCUUUCCAGAUAAAACUGAAGUGCAAGGAGCUCCGCUGCAAAACCGGGAAUAAAUUCUAUCAGUUCCCAAUAAAGUGACACAAUACAGUUGGAAGGAUAUUACAGUAAUAAUAGACUAAAGCCUUGAGACACUCCAGACAAUCAGAAGAGUCAGAGUAGCUUUGCUGAAGAUGUGAUGAAUGUACAGUUUUACAGUGUGAAGUCUACCACAUGGAAAAUGUUGUGACUGGCGAUAAACGACGUAUUAAAGUACCUUUAUUUUAA